AUGGCAAGACACCAUUCGAUCUGGAUCUCUGCCCGCCACCGUAUUCUCAACGAAGUACAGGAAACCCUCCAAGCUGCUUGCGAGCUGCCACAAACCUCUUACACCAUUACACCUGAAAUUUUCUGUAUUGACAAUGAUCUCAACAUCCAGACAGUUUCCGAAUGGGAUAUCAUUAACUCAUUUCAAAAUACCAUGACGCAAAUCAUAUACGGUUCCAGCGCGGAGAUAUUUGCUGUAGUUGCAGCCAACUUUGAUCCCAGUAAGGCCGCUGCAGUGGAGAAAAUGGGCAAAAAGAUCAAGGACAAUCUCAAGAAGUCUGGUGUUCCCCGAAUCAUUAUCUCCUCUCACACUCCCACAAAUAGCGACAUAAAAUUACGACUUUGCGAAAUAGAAAGGGUGUUGGACUCUCCAACCUUGGCACUCAGUGGGACACUGGAAAAUCAUACCCCUCUCAACCACCUUCCUAGUUCAUCAGCUGAUCCUGGUAGACCCAAAAGCGCAAUUACCCGUUGCCAAUAUGCUGCUCAUCUAUGUUCCAGCCACGACAUCACCAUCAACUCUAUAUACAUAUCUAUGGAGUUGGUUGACCUUUCCUUGCUGCAUAUGCACAGGCUGGUAGAGUCAAAACUGUGA